GGCGGGUCCACUUAAAGACGUCGGGACAAAAGCGGCCGCUGUCCGAGCUCAGGGCUCAGACAGGUGCAAGCCCAGCUGGGCUGGGUCUCUGCGCCACCGAGCCCAUCUCCUGGGGGAUGGGGUGGGCCGUGUUUCCUUGACAGACCUUCCGGCGGAGCGGAGACCAUGGCCCCUCCUCAGGGCCCCCGGGCCCCGCUGGAAUUCGGAGGACCCCUGGGUGCUGCGGCGCUGAUGCUGCUGCUCCCCGCCACCAUGUUCCACCUGCUACUGGCAGCCCGUUCGGGCCCGGCGCAUCUCCUGGGCCCACCCCCCUACCUGCCCGGACUCGAGAUGCUGUGGAGCCCGUGGGCGCUGUUGUUGUGUCUCGCCUGGCUAGGCCUGCAGGCGGCGCUCUACCUCUUGCCGGCGCGCAAGGUGGCCGAGGGGCAGGAAUUGAAGGACAAGAGACGACUGCUCUACCCCAUUAACGGCUUCCAGGCCCUGGUGCUGACAGCUCUAUUGGUGGGCCUGGGGGUGUUAGCCAGGCUGCCCCUGGGCGCGCUCCCAGAAAUGCUCCUGCCCUUGGCAUUUUCCGCCACCCUCAUCGCCUUCGUCGGCAGCCUCCUUCUCUAUCUGAAGGCUCUGGUAGCUCCUGCGUCCGCCCUGGCACCUGGCGGGAACUCAGGCAACCCCGUUUACGACUUUUUCCUGGGACGGGAGCUCAACCCACGCAUCUGUUCCUUUGACUUCAAAUAUUUCUGCGAACUGCGGCCUGGCCUCAUCGGCUGGGUCCUCAUCAACCUGGCCUUGCUGAUGCAGGAGGCGGAACUUCGCGGGAGUCCCUCACUGGCCAUGGGGCUGGUCAAUGGCUUCCAGCUACUAUACGUGGGAGAUGCCCUUUGGCACGAGGAGGCAGUCCUCACCACCAUGGACAUCAUCCACGAUGGGUUUGGCUUCAUGCUGGCCUUCGGGGACCUCGCCUGGGUCCCUUUCACCUACAGCCUGCAGGCGCAGUUCCUGCUGCACCACCCACAGCCCCUGGGGUUGCCCGGGGCCUCGGUCAUCUGCCUCAUCAACGCUGUUGGAUACUACAUUUUCCGUGGAGCCAAUUCUCAGAAAAACACCUUCCGAAAGAAUCCUUCUGAUCCCAGAGUGGCCGACCUUGAGACCAUCCCUACAGCCACAGGGCGACAGCUGCUGGUGUCCGGAUGGUGGGGUAUGGUCCGCCAUCCCAACUACCUUGGAGACCUCAUCAUGGCUCUGGCCUGGUCCUUGCCCUGCGGGGUGUCCCACCUGUUGCCCUACUUCUACCUCCUCUACUUCACUGCGCUGCUGGUGCACCGGGAGGCCCGCGAUGAGCAGCAGUGUCUACAGAAGUAUGGCUUGGCCUGGCACGAAUACUGUCGGCGGGUGCCCUACCGAAUCAUGCCCUAUGUCUACUGAAGUAGCUCCACGCACCCCAGGUCGGGCAUAUGCAGGCAGGCCCAUCUGCCAGCACACCCAGCACCAGGGGCCUGGACAUGCCUGGGACUUCAGGGCCGGCACCCUACCCCACCCUGAGCUCCAACAGGCAGCGGUGAACAGCCUCAGACAGGGGGUUGGAGCAAGGGCGAUGAAGCCCAUGCUCAAAAACGGAGUGGAGGGGCUGCUCUUCCCCCUUGGAUAAACAUCUGGAACCCUU